AAAUGCGACUAUAUUUAAACAGUUAAAGUUUUGAUUGAGUUUUGUACGAAAGUCCGGUUACGAUAUAGCUACGAUUCGUAGAGCAUACCCCGUAAACAGUAAUUAAUCAGUCGAUCAAGAUGUCGAACCUCAAAUGCAAAUGUGGUUCUACCAGCAUCGAAACAGAUCCAGCCCGUGGAGAUGUCGUUUGUACAGAAUGUGGUUUUGUCCUGGAAGAUCAAAUCAUUGUCAAUGAGACAAUGUUUGAAGAGAGUCCAUCUGGUAACAUGAUGAUGAUUGGUCAUUUUGUUUCAAAUGAGAGCUCUGGUGGUGCAUCUGGUUUGGGUCCAGGGUACAUGAAUAAUUCUAGAGAAUCAAGGGAAAUUACUCUUGCAAAUGCUCGAAAAGGAAUUGCACACUUAUGCAGGCAGUUGCAAUUAAACAACCACUGCAUCGAGACUGCAGUUAACAUUUACAAAUUGGCUCUUACCGCAAAUUUAACUAGAGGUCGAAAGCAAGCUCACAAUCAUGCGGCAUGUGUUUAUAUUACAUGCCGCACUGAGUGUACCACACACAUGCUUAUUGAUAUUAGCGAUGUUUUGCAAAUUUGUGUCCAUGAAUUAGGACGAACUUACUUAAAAUUCACUCAGGCAUUGUGCAUCAAAAUUCCUUCGAUGGACCCAUGUUUGUACAUCCUACGGUUUGCGAACAAACUCGAGUUUGGGGAAAAAACACACGAGGUUUACAUGACUGCGUUGCGCAUCGUGCAGAGAAUGAAAAGAGAUAGCAUCCACAGCGGCCGCAGACCUUCUGGUCUGUGUGGUGCAGCCCUUCUGAUGGCCGCCAGGCUACACGAAUUUAACAGAUCACCCAACGACAUCAUAAAGAUCGUCAAAGUCCACGAAUCAACCUUAAGAAAGAGAUUAAUCGAAUUUGGCGACACGCCGUCGAGCGCUUUGACCCUUGACGAAUUCAUGGCCGUCGAUCUGGAAGAAGAACAAGAUCCUCCAGCUUUCAAAGCCGCGAGAAAAAAAGAUAGGGAACGGUUGCAGAAGUUGGAAAAUAUGGCGAACGAGUUUACGGAACUGCAAUCGGAAAUAGAUAGGCAAUUGGAGAAACAAAAAUCGUCCAAGAGAAAAGCGAGGCACGCUUCAACGACGCUUGAGGAAUCCGAUGCAGAAAGGUUCAUCAGGGAGUCCAAUAUAAGUGUCAUCGAUGAAUGCGUUAGAAAAGAUUCCGACACUCUUGAUGUUGUGAACGGCCAACGGAAGGAAAGUUCUCUCGCAGCUGGACUCGGACCUGACAUCGCGUCAAUGGGCUUAUCGGAAUAUUUGCACAAUAAGAACACGACCAAAGAGUUGUCCACGUUAUCGUUCGAAAAUCUUACCGGAGAAGUCGAUAUCACUGAUUUGGACGACGAUGAGUUGGAUGGUUACAUUAUGACCGAAAAAGAAACGCAAACUAAAACAAACUUGUGGAACAAGGUAAACGAAAAAUAUUUGGAAGAACAGAAAAAAAAGGAAGAGAAGCGGUUAAAGGAGAAGGAAGAGGGAAAGCCAGAGAAAAAGAGAAGAAGAUCAUCCAAGAGGAACAAAAAUCAAACCCCAGCCAAUAGUGCAAAUGAAGCGAUUGAAAAGAUGCUGAAGGAAAAACGGAUAUCGUCCAAAAUUAAUUACGAGGUACUUAAAAGCUUGAAUGUUGGUCUUAACACAAAUACUCAGGCUCAAGAAAAGCCUCAAAUCCCUGAUGAUAUAGCAUUUGUAUCACCUAAAGCUGUUGAUAAAGAUACUCGUUCAACAGUGAGCACAUUUAGUAGCCCCAAAAAGCCAGCACAUAAAGUAGUUGAUUUUGUUAGGAAAAAACCAACAGUCAAUAUUAGUACAUCCAGAAAGAGAGAUGCUUCGCAUUUGGAUGAGGAGCCUGUGGUGGAGCCUGUGGUGGAGCCUGCCGAAGAGCCUGUUCCCAUACCUCCAACUGUACCUGUAAAUACUAGUGACUUUGACGAGAGUAAUGAAGUUGACGAUGCCGACGAUUACUUUGAUGAUGAAGAGCCGGAACAAGAAGAAAUGUCUGUUAGUAAAUUGCUCGGACAUGAUGAGGAUGAGUAUGACGGCUACGACGAGGAGGAGUAUUAAUACAUUUGUUGUAUUUGCUGAUGAGUGUUUUAUUUACAAAAGCAAUGAAGCUGAAACCACGAUGAUGCUGAACAA